CCAAUCAGCGCCUGGCAGAGCAGCCUGGGCACGUCUCUCGCCAGCUCCACCAGCGCCAUGGAGGUGGCGGCAAGGCGGCGGCAGCACCCGGGAGGUUUGGGUUCGCAGCCGGGGGGCUCGGCCCUGCAAGCCAGGCUCAGCUCCAUCAAGGCUGAUGGCUCCGAGAACCCAGCCCCCUUCCACCUCGACCUCUGGCUCUACUUCACGCUGCAGAACUGGGUCUUGGACUUUGGGCGCCCCAUCGCCAUGCUGGUGUUCCCUCUGGAGUGGUUCCCGCUCAACAAGCCCAGCGUGGGGGACUACUUCCACAUGGCCUACAACAUCAUCACGCCCUUCCUGCUGCUCCAGCUCCUGGAGCGGUCGCCUCGCACCCCGCCACGCCCAGUCCUCUAUGUCAGCAUAAUCACCCUGAUCAUGGGCGCCAGCAUCCACCUGGUGAGCGACUCGGUGAACCACCGCCUGCUCCUGAGCGGCUACCAGAACCACCUGUCGGUCCGAGAGAACCCCAUCAUGCGGGGCCUCAAGCCCGAGACUCUGAUCGACUCCUUUGAGCUGUUGUACUAUUACGAUGAGUACCUGGGUCACUCCAUGUGGUACACCCCGUUCUUCCUCAUCCUCUUCCUGUACUUCAGCAGCUGCUUCACGCCCCACGCUGCGCCAAGCCCCGUGCCCCGGCGGGCGCUGCUCCUGGUGCCGCCCAGCGGCCUGUACUACUGGUACCUGGUGACGGAGGGCCAGAUCUUUGUGCUCUUCCUCUUCACCUUCUUCGCCAUGCUGGCCCUGGUCCUGCACCGGCGGCGCCGGCGCCUCCUCCUGGACGCCAACGGCACCUUCCUGCUGGCCUCCUUCUCGCUGGGCCUGCUGCUGGUGGCGCUCUGGGUGGCCUGGCUGUGGCGGGACCCCGCGCUCCGCAGAAGGUACCCCGGCCUCAUCUAUGUGCCCGAGCCCUGGGCCUUCUACAGCCUGCACGUCUGCGUGGGCCCCGAGGGUCACACGGAGGGGCGCGCGUGAGCGUGAGCGCCCUAGGACACGGAGCCAGCGCUCCCGGGUCUCUGGCUUUCCACGGGGCUGGACAUCGGGCAUCGUGCCCCGUACCCCCUCUCGGGGCCCUCGCCCACUCUCCCCGGCCCAUGCAGACUGGGGCACGGCUUCAGGCCACAAUGCCCCCCAGACUCUCACCCCCCUAGCCUAGCACCCCAGGUUGGGAGUGGGGAGUGUCCCCGGCCAGCACCCCUGGAGCUCUGAUCCCCGGUUCUAAGCCAAGUCUCUGGGGGGUGAGAGUUGGGGGUGGGGGGGUGGGCUUUCUGGUUACCCAUCUCAGCCGGAACCUCAGGCUUCUCCCAGCAGGGGACCCCCCACCAGCAUGGCCCCCCCUCCUGGUCUCACAGGGCUGGGGUCCUCCCUCCUCACAGGCAGGGGUCCACCUAACCUGCCCCUAGUCUGCCAGACUCUCAGGGCACUCCGUGCCUGGACUCCUUUUUCUGUCAGUCCCCAGCCCCACAGGGGGAACUGAAUAAAGAGUGUGACCCCCAAAUCACGCCCGGAGGCUUCUCACCGUGGGUGUGAACUGGGGAAGCAGGAGGGCGGGAGGGUGCCCCUGGACCUGGGCCUGGGGCUAGUCCGGAGGGGCCUGGGGCUGACCCCAGGGCGGAUAAAGGCUCAGAGAAGACGCACCCCCGGGGCUGGGGAGGCAGCGUGGUGGCUCUGUGAGACCUCCCUGCCUGAGCUCCAGUGUCUCCGAGUCAAGCCUUGGCACCACAUGGGAGCUGUGCUGUGGUGACUGUCCCUCUCUCUAAUAAAAAAACAAUGACAAAACUGA